CCAUCUCCGAAUCCAGUAAGGACAACACCGACUUUCGUGUAUUUAGCCACUACCUCAGGAGAGAAAGUUGCUUCGCCACAGGCUCGGUAGUGUGCAGGGCAGAGCAGAACAUCGUCGUCUCAGCCGUGCAUAAAAAAAUGCAGACGGUGAGAAGGGCGACAAUGGCGUCCCUCCCCAUUCUCCUCCUCCUGCUUCUCGCCAUUAUGUACAUUUCCUUUCCCCAUUUGAGGACUCCAGAAGCUCCAAGAAGGUUGCUUCUCGAAGAAACGCACUUUCAGGUUGCGAGAUCGACAUGCUCGGACACUCUGUACCCGGACCUCUGCGUCGACACGCUCACCUCCUUCCAGGACGACCUCACACAGAAGACCAUCCCCCAGAUCAUCUACCUCACCGUGGACCACGUCAGGAAGAGAGUCCAGAAGUCCGCUACCCGCUGCUCCUCCAUCGCCCGCAAGACGAGCGACCCCUGCGAGCUGAUGGCCCUCGAGGAUUGCCGGCUGCUCUUCACCGGAACCAUGGACGAGCUGGGCGCCACCAUGAAGGACCUGAACUCGAGCUCCGUGUCGACCAAGACGUACGACGUGAAGACGCUGCUGAGUGCGGCCAUGACCAACCAGUACACUUGCCUCGACGGCUUCUCCCACUGCGGUGGCACGGUGCGGGACCGCAUAGAGGACGGACUCUACAACAUAUCGAAGCUGGUGAGCAACUCUCUUGCCAUCGCCAAGAAGAUCCGUCCCAGGAAGACGAGGAGGGCCCAGGAAUCCGGCGACGCGUUCCCGGAGUACGGCGGCAUGAGGCACGGGUUCCCCAGCUGGGUGUCGGCCGGCGACCGAAGGCUCCUGCAGGCGAACGUCAGUUCGUUGAAGGCGGAUCUGGUGGUGGCGAAGGACGGGAGCGGGAAUUUCACCACCAUCUCCGACGCGGUGGCCGCGGCGCCGAACAAGAGCGACACCAGAUUCAUCAUUUACAUCAAGGCGGGGGGUUACUUCGAGAACGUGGACGUGCCGAGCUCCAAGACCAACCUGAUGUUCGUCGGAGAUGGGAUGUGGAAGACGGUGGUGAAGGCCAGCCGGAACGUCAUCGACGGCUGGACCACGUACCGUUCCGCUACCGUUGGUGUGUCCGCCGAUGGGUUUAUGGCAAGGGACAUGACCUUCGAGAACUCGGCCGGUCCGAGCAAGCACCAAGCGGUCGCCUUCCGAAGUGGGUCCGAUCGAUCCGCGCUCUACCGGUGCAGCUUUGCGGCCUACCAGGACACUCUUUACGUGCAUUCGCUCAGGCAGUUCUACCGGGAAUGCGACGUCUAUGGCACGGUGGACUUCAUCUUUGGCAAUGCAGCUGCCGUCUUUCAAAACUGCAAACUCUACGCUCGGAGACCUAAUCCCAAUCAACAAAACAUAUUCACGGCACAGGGCAGAACGGACCCGAACCAGAACACUGGAAUCUCCGUCCAGAAUUGCAAGGUAGCGGCUGCCUCCGACCUCAUCCCGGUCAAGUCCAAUUUCUCGACGUAUCUUGGCCGUCCGUGGAAGGAAUACUCCCGGACCGUUUUCAUGGAGUCGUACCUUGAAGAUUUGAUAGCACCGGCCGGUUGGCUUGAGUGGAAUGGAACCUUUGGACUCGACACUUUGUAUUACGGGGAGUAUAUGAAUCGGGGCCCCGGCGCCGGCACCGGGAAUAGGGUGACCUGGCCUGGGUACAGAGUGAUCGUCAAUGCUACGGAGGCCAGUCAGUUUACUGUUCAGAACUUCAUCCAGGGUACCGAUUGGUUGCCCCAAAGUGGGUUUCCGUUCGCCACUGGCUUAGCUUUAUAGUGGAGCAGGAUUUCCCCUGCUGCCAUUCCACAGCUGUGGAUGUUGAAUUGCAAACGACAUCACAGUGACUGCAUAUUUAUUUUGGCAAUGGUUUCCUGUGUUCUUCUUUUCAAGUGCCUCUUAAUAUAUAUUAGCAAGUCUAGAUAUAUAUAAUAAGAAUGUUUUCUUUCACACUUUUCAUCGGUGCCUCUUAAUAUAUAUUAGCAAGUCUAGAUAUAUAAUAAGAAUGUUUUCUUUCACACUUUUCA